GAUUGUUAAGGCUAACCAGAGAACAUGUGUGUGAAGUUAUCAAACCGGACACUAGUUCAAUGCAUUUGCAUCUCGGCAUAUUGAGAUGGAUCGCACUCGCCCGCGAUCCGCGUGAUCCAGUCAUGUCCGGCUCCAUAGCUCGGGCAUUUGCACCAUGCAAUUACAUGCCGUAAUUCCCGGGAUACGUCAAAUUGCUAGAGUCAUCGACAAAAGAAGAACCUUAUAAAACGAAGCCUGGCUUCGAGGAAUUAUCGCUUCAUCACCUUUGUCUCACACUGACUCUGAACAUCACGAUGGCGACCAACGACAGCAUGACCGAAGUUGACUCAACCCAUGAGCUCCCUGAGCUCCGCGAGGCUGAAAAGAACGAUUUGGAUGCGACCGGUCCUGAAAAUCCCGGUAGUGCCAUCGACGAAAUCCCAGAUGGAGGUGCUACGGCAUGGCUAGUGGUGUUUGGCACAUGGUGUACAUCAUUCUGCAGCUUUGGCUGGAUCAACAGCGUGGGAGUUUUUCAGGACUACUAUGAGCAUAACAUCCUUAAGGACUACUCUUCUAGCACAAUCGCUUGGAUUCCAUCCCUGCAAAUCUUCUUCAUCAUGGCCAUGGGUCCCGUGGUAGGAAGAUUGUAUGAUCUCUAUGGACCACGUCGCCUGAUUCUUGGUGGAACUUUGUUGCAUGUCUUUGGCUUGAUGAUGGCGUCCCUAUCGACCAAGUAUUAUCAGAUCCUGCUCUCCCAGGGCAUUUGCAGUGCGAUUGGCGCGUCUGCCAUCUUCCAGCCAGCCCUCAGCACGGUACCUCAAUGGUUCAACAAGAAACGAGGCGCUGCUUUUGGCAUCUGUUCGACCGGAUCCAGUCUCGGUGGUGUCAUCUUCCCCAUCAUGCUUACGCACUUGAUUGGCCAAGUCGGCUUUCCGUGGGCAAUGCGGAUUUCGGCAUUUCUCAUCUUGUUCCUCUUGAUCAUGGCCAACUUGACGGUAAGACAAAGAGUCGUGUCACACAGCAAGGUAUCGAUGAAACAGGACCAUCUGGCUCCUUUCCGGGAGCCAAAGAGUCUCUUCCUUAUGAGUGGGUUCUUCCUGGUUACCUUUGGAAUUUUCAUUCCAAUCGACUAUGUCGUUGUGGAAGCGCGUGCUUCCGGGAUGGGCAAUGGUAUUCUCCAAUACCUUGUUCCUAUUCUCAACGCUGCCAGCUUUUUUGGAAGAUCGUCGUCUGGUCUCAUCGGCGACAAGCUCGGACGUUUCAACGUUUUCUCCGCUGUCUGCACCAUGACCGGAAUCUUAAUUCUCGGGCUCUGGAUACCUGCCAGCAAUAACGCAGCGCUCAUUUCAUUUGCCGCGUUCUUCGGGUUCUUCUCUGGAGCAUACAUUUCACUCUCUCCAGCACUCGUGGCUGAGAUCUCCCCGCCUGCCGAGUUUGGUUACAGGGGUGGCCUUCUGUUCAUGUGUGGCUCGAUCGGAGGUCUGGUGACGAAUCCCAUUGCCGGAGCAAUUUUGGACGCGGAUAACGGAUCUUUUACCGGGUUGAAGGUAUUUGCGGGUGUCUUCUGCCUCGUUGGUACUGUUGUGGUCUUUGGAGCGAGACUUCACGAGACUGGCUUUAAGCUAGCGGCCAAGUACUAAUUCUUCUGGUUUGGGACUGAUAGGAGAAUUUGCAUUAUUUUACGGAAAGGUAUAUCAUUGGGCGAGGCAUAGAUUGUAUUGUAGAAUAGGCUCUCUGGAUAAGGCUUGCACUGAUAGCGCAAGUGUAGAUACGAUGACAACAAGGUGGUCUUAGGGCUAGUAGUGUGAUAAAG